GCCCCGCCGGCCGCCCGGCUCCCGCCGCCGCGCCUGCUGCAUGCUCGGUGCUCAGCCCCAGCCGGAGGUGGAAGAUGGCGGAGCCGGGGCCGGAUUGCAGCUCUCUGCUCGAUGAGGAUCUUUCCUCCUUCGUCUUCAGUUACCUCGCUGACAGCCAGUAUGAGGUGUCUGGCGAGGAGCACCUCUACUCCGACUUCCCCGAGAUCGAUCUGUCCCAGCUGGACGCCGGCGACCUGGACUCUGCCGGCUGCUUCAGCGAGCUGCAGUGGGGCGGGGAGCACUCGGAGACCGACUCCAGCCAGUACAGCACCGACGACUCCGAGCUCUUCCAGAUAAUAGACAGCGAGAACGAAGCGCUGCUGGCAGCCCUCACGGAGACUUUGGAUGAUAUACAGGGAGAUGACAUGGGCCUCGCUGCCUUCCGAACUAUGGAAGAGGGGGACACGCUCAACCCUGCCACCACCUCACCUGCCCCCUCCCCCAAACCCACCGCCCCGGUCACGGGGGGGCCGCCCCCGGCCCCCGAGUGUGAUGAGCUGUCUCUACUGAAGAAGCUGCUCCUCUCUCCGUCGCCUCUGAGCUGUGAGGCCCAGCGGGACGGGAGUGCCCGGCGCCCGGGGACCCCAAAGUGCCGGCCCGCACGGCCCUGCACAAAGGUGGAGGGUCCCCGGGACAGGAGGGCGAGCGUCCCGCAGGCACAGAGCCGCAGCUGCACCGAGCUGCACCGGCACCUCACCUCCAGCACCUCCUGCUCCCAGACCAAAGCCCCCCAGGCACCCGAGGAGUGCCCUGGCAGCGGCCACCACCCGUCCCCGGCCGACUGCGCCCACCACGAGGACGACAGUGACUCCAGCGAGGACUCGCUGAGCUCCGGCGACUCGGUGGCCGCGCUGUCCUCGGCGGAGGAUGGCACAGGCAGCCAGUUCUCGUGCGAGGGCGAGCUGCACUCGGUGGUGGAGCUGAUCCGCUACAUGCACACCUACUGCCUGCCCCCUCGCAAGCUGCCCGCCCGCGACCCCGCCGACACCAAGCCCCAGCCCUGCAGCAGCCCCUUCAAGAGAGCCAAACCGGACUGUGCCCCCGCGCCGGGCAGCGCCCAGAGCCGGCCGGGCUGCGCCUGGCAGGCGGCCGGCGGCUGCAAGAAGCCCGGAGCAUCCUUCUCCAUCCUGAAGGAGCUGCUGGCGCGGGACCUGCUGUGCGACGUGAGCAAGCCAUACCGCCUGGGCAAGCCCGUGUACGCGGCCCUGGCGCGGCCGCCCGGCUCCUGCUCGCCCGUGCCGCCCGAGGGGGACGAUGCCAGCGGGACAUGCACACCCAGAGCGAAAGCGGCCGCGGAGAAGGGCGAGCCCCGGCAGAGCCCCGGGGCCGAGGCGGAGGCGCCGCGGGAGCUGGGUGGCCUUGAGGUCGAUGCCGGGAAGCAGGAGGGCAGCCCGGGCGCGGGGAAGGCGGCCCGCAAGCAGGACAGCGCUGUUUACGCCGUGCGCCGGUCCAAGAGACUCAACCCCGAGCUCGGGCACUGGCUCUCGUUCCUUGACGAGCCCCCCCCCGAGUCCUCUGUGCCCCUGGGCUGCAGGGAGCCCGCUCCGUGCCCAGUGCUGGAGGGCUUCUCUGCCGAAGAGCCGGCGGCCGAAGUGGAGGUGGGAGGCACAGCCCCAUCGGCGGAGCCCCAGCCCCUCUGCCUGGGCUCGCUGGGGGAUGGCGAGGUGGGCACUGAGAGCCAGCGCUGUGCCCUCCUGGAGCAAACAGAAACCCCCAGGUGUCUCACGCUGUCCUUGGCACAAACUGACCCAACCUUUGGGAAGAGAAACUUUGAGCCCAUGCUGACUGUGGAGCUGUGUGGGACAGCAGGUCUCACACCGCCCACCACUCCUCCGUAUAAACCCGCCGAGGAGGACCUGUACAAGCCAGACAUCCCCCAGGAGCCAGGCAAGGAGGAUGGGAUGGCCCCCAGCCCCGGGGGCGCCGGGGACGAGGCAGCCUCACGGAAAGCCCCCAGGAAGCACCCGGAGAGGACGGAGCUGUUCGCCCACCUGAGCCGGGCGGGCGGGCGCCCGCUCCCCGAGCAGCAGGGCUUGCUCAAGCGUCCCUUCUCCCGCUCCUUCGGGGACCACGACUACUGCCAGGUGCUGAAACCCGAGGCCGCCCUGCAGAGGAAGGUGCUCAAGUCGUGGGAGCCCCCGAGCCAGGUGGAGACGGAGCACAAGAGGCGGGUCCCGGCCGCCCACUACCAGGGACUGGAGCUCGGCAAGGACACGGGCACUGAGAUGCUGUGGAAGGACGGCGUUAAGCAGCUGAGAGACCAGGAGAUCAGAGCCAGCUUAACAAAGCACUUUGGCUUUCUGGACAGUGCCCUCGAUGACGAGGACAUGGUCUUCUGCAAGACCCCUGAGUAUGACACCGUCUUUGAGGACAGCUGCAGUGAGAGCGGCUCCCCCGUGGAGGAGGAGGAUGAGGAGGAGGAAGAGGAGGAGGAAGAGGAGGAGCAUGGCAACACCAAGCUGUGCCUGCGGAGAAACCCUCUUUCCAGGACCAGUUUGCAUUACUGCUCCCGGAGCAGGUCCAGCUCGGGCUCCUCGUGCUGCCGGUCGCGGUCACCUGCCAGCAGACGCACCUUCAGGUGUGAGAACGGCGAGCAGUGUCAGGGCGGGAGCGGGCACCGGGGCCAGCUGGAGAAGAGGCGGGAAAAGGCCAUCGGGGAAGGCCGGGUGGUGUACAUCAGAAACCUCUCCAGCAGCAUGAGCUCCAGCGAGCUGAAGAAACGCUUCGAGGUGUUUGGUGAAAUCGUGGAGUGUCAGGUCCUGUCCAGGACUAACAGGGGGGAGAAGUACGGCUUCAUCACGUACCGGUAUUCCGAGCAUGCCGCCUUAUCGCUGAAGAACGGCCCCUCGCUAAGGAAGAGGAACGAGCCCUCCUUCCAGCUCAGCUCUGGUGGCCUGGGGCGCUUCUUCUGGACCAGAUACGCUGACCUGGAUUGCAGCACGGACGAGUCCUCCCCGGCUCCGGUGAAAAGCAAGUACGAGACCAUGGAUUUCGACAGCUUGCUGCAGGAGGCCCAGCUCAGCCUGCAUCGGUAACAGCCUUAACCUUGGAGGAAUACCUCAAUACCUCAGUCAAGGCACUUCCAAUAUGUUUACGUUUUCAAAGAAAUUAUUCAGUCUAUGGCAAGCGAGAGAGCGAGAGAGAGCGAGAGCACGCCCGCGAGAGAGAGACUGCUGUCCCCUGAUCGAUGUUUACAUUGAACAAAGCUGCUUCUGUCUGUGAGUCCCCAUGGUGUUGAUGUCUCACUGCCACACGUUAGUCCCCCCUCUGCUUCUGACUGGUUGUUUUAGGGUGAGCCUAGGAGCCCCCCGGCCCUUCUUCCCCCUCCUGGCCCUCCCCGUGCUCCCGCCGUGGAGUUGCAGCUGUGUUCACCAUAACAUUUUUUUGUCCGUAGUGUGUGAUGAUGAAAUUGUUCAUUGUGAAUAGAAUCAGGAUUAUAAACUAAUUUUUAAUAGAAGAAGAGAAGAAAAAAAAAAAGUAUAUACUUAAAAAAAAAAUGUAUUUAUGGCUCAGAUGUACUGUAAUUCAGAUUUAUUGUACCGCUUCCUUGAUUUUUAACUAUGCACUGUAAUGAGGCACUUGCCACUCAGCAAAUGGGGGGUCAGAGCAGUCAUGGAGCUGACAUUCCCCUGCCUCCCCUGCUGGCAAACCGGGGUGCUCGGUGCUUGCCCCAGGGUCACCCACUUUGCUGUCAAAGCCAUUCUUCGUGCUGGCGUGGCCCGAGCCCCCCAGCAUCACCCCCAUGCUGAGCUGGGUCCUGGUGGGUGAUGGAGCCAGGGCCAGGCAGCUGUGCAGGCUGCAGAGGGUGGGAGAGGGAUGCACUGCCUGCAGCCAGCGCUGCUGCGGCCUCUGCUGCCUUUGGAGCCAGGAGAGAGGGGCUGGGGGGCUGCAGCCUGAUCUGGUGGGUCCUGCUGGCACAGCCUGGGGGAUGGAUGUCUCCGGUCCGUGUGGAGGAGCUGGCUCCUCUCCAGCUCCUCGGGUGGCUGGAAGACUGGCCAGGCCCUGUGGCUUGAUCCACACUCGCUUCCACACCCUGCAAAGCAAGCGGGGCGAGAAGACCUGUCUGUGCUCCCCGCUGGGCAGGCAGCCCAAAAUGCAGCCCCAGAUCCAGCCCAAAGUCCAGCCCCAAAUCCAGAGAGGCAGGGGGGCACAGCACCCGCACUGAACACCCACCCAUCCAGCACCCUGCCCUGUAGCUGAUAAGCCAUACACGUCCCAGCACCCACCCGCACCCUGGAUCUGUCCCGUGCCCGCCAGCGCCCCGGGGCACAGCUCUGCCUCUGGCCAAGGGCCCUCGGGGCUGGAUUUAAGGGAUGCUCAAGCAUAGAAUUUGCUUGUGGACUUGCCCUCCAUGUGUGGGUGAGGUGGGAUGGGGACACAGCCCUGCACCAGCCGCAGCAAAGCCCACCACCAGCCGGCCAGAGGCACUGUUUCCCGAGGGAGCGGGAAUCUCGCUGCUCCUCAAGCCAUUGCCACUGUCUCCUUUUACUUUUGAGCCCCAGAGACCACUAGGGAUUCAGCCAUUCUCUGUAGAUAGAAUAUUAUAGCCUUAACUCUGCCAAUAGAUAGAUUAGAGUCUCCUGGGGUCUCCCCUCCACAUGACUUGCAGGUUUAUCCCCGGUUCCCUGGAUAUGUUCCGUCCUGCAGGGAGAGUGACCAAAGCCUCGGAAAUGGCACGAGAUGCGAUGCCAAGAGCCAGAGCCCUGCCAGGAUGCCCCUGGCCCGGGGGCCCGGAGUGCAGCUGGGCUCUGGCAGGAGCAGGAAUGCCGGCAGCGCCGACACCAGCACAGUUCCCUGGCUAUUCCCCUCGGGAGAGCCGCGGUUCUGACAACACCCGGCAGCGCCAGGGCCCGGAGGCCCCGGCGGGGUCCCCACCCCGCCGCCGGUGACGAUCACUGCCAGGGAACAGUCCUUGUGCCAUUUCAGCCUCAGCAGUGGAAUCGGGCAUCUCUCCCAGCCCAAAACCCCCCUGGUUCUCAUCCCACCUUAGCGAACACGAGCAGCUCUGGCCGAGACUGAGCAUCUGCUAUUGGCAAUUGCCUCAUUGUAGCUUUGCCUUUUUCUGUCCUAGUAUUUCCUCACGAUGAUGAUGUUUACAUGUGAUUGCUAUAGAGCUUAUGUAGAAUGUAUAUAGCGACACAUUUAGGGUGGGUAGUACUGUCCUGUGCUGUGCUGAUGUUUUUCAGAAAACGAUCAAUCCAAAAAAAAAAAAGACAAAAAAAAAAAAAAAAAAAAAAAAGAAAGAAAAACAAAAAGAAAAGCAAAGUAAGUGGAAUUCUUCCAUCUCCCACUCAGCCAGGGGCACCCAUGGCCGGGCCCCGCUGGGGAUGCAUCAAGGGUGGUGGAGCAGAAGGGUUAGUGCAGAGCUGGGGGGGCUCCAGCCCACUCCUGGGGAUCACUCAGUCGCUUCCCAAGCACUGGUUUUGGCGUGCCCAGGUAUAAAAUUUCCCAGUGUUUCCCUGUGGCUGGGUGCCCUGGGUCGGCCCCAGCCCAGCUGCUGGGUCCCGAGGCCGGUGCUGGGGAAGGAGAGGGCUGGUCCUGCACAGAGCUCAUCAGUACUGCAGCCCUAGGGUAGGAAGAGAUGCAAUAAGUGGUCUUUGUGGUGCCUGAAGCCUAUAAGUGGGGUUGGGUUUUCUUUUUUUGGUUUGGGUUUUUACUUUUUUUUCCAUUCAAUGAGGAUGGUUUGUUUUUCCUCCUCCCCAAAAACUCUUUCUUUUCCAGGACUUAUGCACUAUGCUUAGAGCCCCUUGGGCUGUGUGCUGCCUGCCCUGGGCACUUCCCCCACCUUUUAGGACUGGGUGAAAAAGAAAUUUCCACUUGAUUUUUUUUUUUUUUCUAAUUUUUGUGGGUUUUUUUUACUCUAAAGGUGUCUUUAGCUCACAGUGAUUGAGUUGGCAGGGAGGUGAGUCGGGCACAGGGGCAGGUGAGAGCUCCCUCUUGAGCUGCCCAUGGUUUGGAUGCUGACAGGGAAAUGGGGCAGGAGCAAAGCAAUGCCCAGGCACUGCUGCCAGGGAAGCCAGAGGUGCCCAGAGCUUUGCAGGAGCUGCCAGGGACUGGGGAUCCCCCCUUUUCCAAGGAUUGCCUUUACACCCCUGUGGCAUCGCCGUGGGUGCCCCUCAAAAAGGGACCCCUCACACCCCAGCCCUCUGCGAGGCUGUGGGAUGGGCAGGAGAAACUGGGAGCAAAAGGGUUUAUUCUGGUAGGCAAUAAGUCAGGAGGAGAUUUAUUUUUUUAAAACUGUGUAAGUCUAGAACGUCCCCCAGCCGUUUCCUGCAGGUGCUGUGGGGAAAUGCUGAAUGUGAAGAGUUUCUGAUAAAAUGCCCCUUUGCUUGUUUUGCACAGGUUUGCCCCAGAAAAACUCGUUGUUCAGGGGGGCAGCAGGUUUCUGGCUGGAAUCCAGCGUGUCCCUGAGGCUCCGCAGGGAGGAGCAAACGUUUCUGAGUGUGUGGGCUGAAUGCAGAGGACAAUCCCAGGUUUUAGGUUUUAGGUUUUAGGUUGGAUGCUGCCCCAAAGCAAAGGUUUCUCCCAAUUCCUCAGCGCAGCUGCCUGCACAUGUUUCAGGAAGCAGCAGCUCAGUCACCAUGUUACAGUCCUGAGUGUCUGAUCCCAGCUCUGGGCCAUGCAAGUGAGUUUUGCAACUGCAGAUCAACACGGUUUUCUCCUUUUUUGGGGGGAUUUUUUUUUUCUUCCUGGACAUCUUCUGAGUCCUGAGGUACAUCGGUCUUAGAGCUGAACCCGACACCCUUUCUGUUCCAAGUCCAUCCCUGACAAUCUCAAGCAAUAUAGAGCCAAAUGCAGCCUUGGGGUUUCAUUUUGGGGUUUCAUUCCUCUUCCCUCACCCUCCCCAGGGCCAGGGGCGGCAGCAGGAUUUGGGGAGGGAGUGUGUGAGUGCAUGUGAGAAAGAGAGAGAACGGUUCAAUUGAUGCAUUUCUUGAGAAAGGUGUAAGAAUUUCACCUAAAAAGGGGCACAUUUGCUUUGUUAUUUAUAAAAAAAAAGCUAAAUUCUGUCUUUUUCUUUUUUUUUUUUUAAGUGAAAGGACACUGCUCAUAAUUAUUAGGGGCCAAUUCUGCCUCCCUUGCUCAUGCUGAGUAAGUACUACUUAACUCUGCAAUUUUCUACUUGCAGUGUAAGUAAAAGCAGCGGAAUUGAUCCCUCUAUGAUUAAGAAUCAAGUUUUUAGUAUGGUUUUUUUUUUAAUUGGCAGCAGUUUUUUUAUAUUUCACUUAAUUUUUUCCCCCAGUUCCAUUCUGUUGUGUCCUUAUUUAUGUAAUAUACUUUAACCUUAAGAGAUGGCAUGGAUUCUUAUGCCUUUCCUUUAUUAUUAUUAUUGUUAUUAUUUUUAAAAAACAAAAGAGAUUUAUUUCUAGUGUGAUUUAACUGUCUACCUUCUAAAAUGAGAGAACGUUUUCUUGUAUUUUUACAUUGUCAGAUUCUAUAGUUUCAUAGAUAAUUUAACCAAAUCGCUCAAUGUAUUCUCUAUAUCUAUCCAGUGGGUAUAAAAGUUCUAUUUUAAAUUGUGUAAAUACUUCAGAACUGGCUUCUUUUUCCAGACUCCCCUGCCGUGGAGUUUCUUGUUUACAUCAAAAAGACUGUAGAAUCUCUACGCUCAUGUACUGUAAAUAGUGAAGUGAUCUGCCUAUAAAUAAACGAUAACAUAUAUACUAUAAAGUGGAAAGAACAAAAAAAGGAACACA